AUGGGGUUUGGUACGCCAAGAUCAAUUAUUAGUGAUCGUGGGAAGCACUUUUGUAAUCGCGUAGUGGAGGCAUUGAUGAAGAAAUAUGGUGUCACCCAUCGUGUUUCUACUUCAUAUCAUCUGCAAACCAGUAGGCAGGCUGAGAUUUCCAAUAAAGAAAUCAAAUCUAUACUUGAAAAGACGGUGAAUCCAAAUAGGAAGAAUUGGAGUCUGCGCCUCAAUGAUGCACUUUGGGCUUAUCGAACAGCUUACAAGACUCCCAUAGGUAUGUCCCCUUAUCGUCUGAUAUUUGUCAAAUCCUGUCAUCUUUCGGUUGAGAUGGAACAUAGGGCGUAUUGGGCGGUGAAACAAUGCAACAUGCGGAUGGAUGAUGCAAGAGAGCAAAUGAAAUUGCAGUUACAAGAAUUAGAGGAAAUCCGCAAUGACGCCUAUGAGAACUCGCGAAUUUACAAGGAGAAGACAAAGGCUUUUCAUGAUCAAUUGAUCUCUAGGAAGAAUUUUUGUGUUGGUCAAAAAGUUCUACUUUUUUAUUCUAGACUCAAACUUUUUCCUGGAGAAUUACGUUCACGUUGGAUAGGGCCUUUUAUUGUCACUAAUGUUUUUCCUUAUGGUGCAGUGGAAAUUCGAAGUCCAAAAACCAACAAGGUUUUCAAGGUCAAUGGUCAUCGUCUUAAACCUUUUUAUGAAGGAUUUCAGGCAUAUACUAUCGAGGAAUUGGCUCUUGAAGAGCCUACUUAUUCUGAUUGA